CGGGGGCACUAAUCUCCCUCCCCCCUCCCGCGGCCUCGGCCAUGGCGGCGGAGGAGGAGGAGGGCGAUGUGGAGUGGGUGGUGGACACCAUCGCCGGGUUCCUGCAGGGGCCCGCCUGGUCCAUCCCCAUCCUGGAGUUCAUGGAGCAGAAGUGCGAGGUUUUUGAUGAUGAAGAAGAAAGCAAGUUGUCUUAUACAGAAAUUUAUCAGGAGUACCAAGCUCUGGUUGAAAAACUAUUAGAAGACUACCUUAAAGAAGUUGGAAUUAAUGAAGAGAAAUUUCAAGAAGCUUUUUCAUCUCCUUUUGCGAAGACACACACUUCACAGGCCAUUUUGCAAACAGUGUUGGCAGCAGAAGAUUUUAGACUAUUUAAAAAAUUGAUGGUACAGAAAAAUAUUGAAAUGCAAUUGCAAGCUAUUAGAAUCAUUAAAGAAAGAAAUGGUGUGUUGCCUGACUGUUUGACGGAGGGUUCUGAUGUAUUCAGUGAGAUUGAACAAGAAGAAAUGAAAGUACUUAGGGAAGUUCUGAGAAAAUCUAAGGAAGAAUAUGAAAUGGAGGAAGAAAGAAAGAGGACUGAAGAAGCACGUGAUAACCUUAAAUCACCUGGUGUUACCUAUGGUCUUCCAGGAGAUUUGAGACAAGCUGUGAAAGUUAAGGAAUUCACUGUGGGAGCUGAUGAUUCUUCAAAAUCUCCAAAAUCUCCAUUAGAUGAAUCUUGGAAAUCUGCAAGGGAAGACUUAAAACCAGUAUGCCCAUUAAAAAAAGGAACGGAAAGCGUACCUCAGCUGACUUGUACCAAAGGGAAAGAGGACACGAAGAAAAAGUCAGCUGGAAAACAUUCAGAAAAUGCAGUGCAAAAAGCUGGGAUGAAAGGACCUAAUUUAUCAGAACUUGAAGAACAGCAGCUGAAGCAACGAGAGGACUACCUAAAGAAAAAACGAGACAUGUUGAUUGCUACAAAGAAGGAGUCAAGAAAUAACAUGUUGUUACCAAGGAACACCGACCAGAAAGAGGAGGAAUCAUCUCCUACAGAGGAAAUGUCAGAAGAGAAGCAGAGGUUACUACAGAAGAGGAAAAUGCUUGCAGAAAAACUGAAAGAAGAAGUUAUUAAUAAGCGGUAAUUUUAAGAAGUUCGUUGCAGAACCUGAGAACAUAAGUACUUUUUUAGAAUAAAUUAUAUAAAAAUGGAAUGGAUUUGUUUUCCAAUGUCACACUUAGUUUUACAGAACUUUCAGACAAGCAACUUGGUACUUUAUGUAUAAAAAUUUUAAAUUACGCUGGUAGACACUAAAACCACUGAUUUUCCAGAAUGCUGACAACUCGCUUUCCCUGGAAGGUCGUCACAGGGAGGCCACUUAACAUCACUGCAGCACACAGGUGUGUUGAACUCCUCCCCUGGACCACUUGGUAUUACAUAGACCAAAAGCAGAUAGCGAGAGCUGUUAAAAUAAUUCCUAUGCAAACAGUUCUGAAUGACUUAGAAAUUUUAACUUCUUUUAAAUUGUAAUAUCCUAAUAAAAGGAGAAAUGUUCUAUAAACAAAUUAUUUUCAGCUGUCUGAUGUAAUAAAGUCUAAUUUCACAAGGAAGUGCAGCUCUGACCAUCUUAAUGGUUGAGAAAUGGAAAAUAUAGCCUGAAGUGGAGACAUGCAUACAUUAACUCUGGGUUACAACGAUUUGUGUACUUUUGGGGCAGUUUACCAGUCCUUAGGUCCUAUUUUGCUAUAAUUGCAACUUUAAGUAAAAAAUAAUUGCUUUUGUUGCAAGGCUGGGUCUGUCACCAGCAACUCAAAGUCUUAAAAUCUUGUUCGGUGGCUGGGCUUUGACCGACUUACCACGAAGCAGGGAAGAGAGGCCAUGGUUUGCAGGAUGUCAUUCCACAGCCAACUGCAACAGUAACUUGCUUUUAAAGGAAACAACCCAACCAAUUCAAAUUGCAUGUAACCUUUUAUUAAAAUAGCGUUUAGAACUGAUACACGUUGGCAGAUGUUUUCUUUUCCCAAAAGAGUGGGAGUGGAAGGACCCCAGGCACGGGAUCGUGGCUGCCCACAGGCCACACCAACCCGUCAGACUGGGAAACAGCACCCGCGGGGGGCAGCUGACCCCCACAAAAGCCAGUUAAAAAGAAUGCUGUGCCUCACCUGCUGUGGGGAUUUUGUUUUUAAAUGGGACCUCAAUACCAUUUUACACAGUCUUUUGCUAGUAACUAUAAAAAUUCAUUACAUUCUUGUUUUUCCUGUAAAAAACCCACCCCUCAUAUGGCCGGAGCGUAUUUUGAACACUCCUGACAGUACUUCAGGGAAGAGUUGGGGAACACUGAGUACGGACUGACAGGCUUCAGGCAGAGACCCCCAGAGCACUUGUUGUGGGUGGCUGUUAGAAUCAGCACAACUCAGGGCUGCAAGCUGAGUGACAAUUUUUCAGCCUCAGGUUAGUAAAGGCACAUACUGUGUAACUCUUGCUGCUUGAGUGGCGUGUGUGGUGCUGGAGGAAGUUAUUGAUUGUUACCGAUGGAGAAAAAAGACUCAUUGGGAAGAAAAUGAGAUGAUCUCACGGUGAUGAAACUUUGGCUGCGCUUUACCGGCACACGCUUCCUCCAAUCCUCUGCGUUGGGAGCUGACGGGGCGUUUUAUUGCACAGGUGAAAAAAACCAAGGGAGUCUCGUUUUGGUUGCCUGGAGCCAAAAAGGGCAACAUGUUUGUCCCCAGGUCCCCGCAUGGGAGCUGUCAUCCGUCAGCACGCAGCAUGCAGCAGCCUCUAGCUUACACACUGGGAAUAACUUGCACGUUCCCUCUGGGAUUUCAUCUAGUGGUACAGAGUUACUUUUAAAACUGCACAGGUUAACUAAUCUUUUUUUUUUUAAAAAAUCUCCUAAAAUGGCCACAUUUCAAAUUCUGGGCUAAUGGACCGUGUACAACAAACCAAAAGCAAUAAUUAUGGAAUUACAGGGUCACAUUUUAAUUCCUGAAUUUUACAGUUCAGCAUUAAUAUCACCACAUGUAUACAAAUGGUGUAAAACAAGUACAGUGGUAUUUUUAAUACAAAAUAAACUUCUGUUUUAUGGAAAAAACUAUACUUCAUAUCUACACAGACAGCCCAUCUUUUUCCAAACAAUAGCUAAAAUUAAAAAUAACUACAAAAAUCUCCAAAACAGAGAAACUGCUUCAGUUUAAACUAUUCCAGGAGAAAUGGACCCAUAACACAUAUUACAAGAGUGAUCUAUGUGGUGGAUUGCAGCUGGUUUCUCAUCUGAACAUUUCUGACACAUUAAUUGUCAUCGGGAAGUUUCCUCUCACUUCUUCAUGAUCUCAGAUCACAUAUGGGCAAACUAACAUUAAAAUAUUUACAGUUCACUCACUGCUCUUGAAAAUAACACCUGGACUGUUUGCCUCUAGCAACUUGCCAUCGACUUGCCUAGUUUUGCCGCACUUCGCUUAUCUACUACGUGGAAUGUGCUUUUUUUUUUUU